CCUAACCUGCUGGUGACGCUGAGUGCUGGGCGCAGAGGUGGGGUGAGCCCUCCUUUGACGGAGCCCGGGCUGGGAAGAUCCUAGCGGCGAGAUGACACCAGCCCCGCCGGGAGUUGACAGGAGAGUUGGAGAGACGUGGGGCUAAGGUGUGAUGCGUCUCUUUCCAAGGGUCUGCCUCCUAGCCUCUUUGGACCCCGAUGGGAUAAAGCCAGGAUCCCUCACCCCCGAAGGAAAACUCACAUGGGUCAGCUUCGUUGCGCGUGCAUUUUCAGGGGUUCAGGGACAGCCCCCAGCUCAGGAACCCUGGUUAUAAAACACCAGCUCUAGAUGAAGAUGCGCUAAUGCAAAUUGAUUAACGGAGUCGAUGUGUGGGCUCUUUAAUUUGUUUUUUCAGGUGGUCCUUUUUGACACUGGGCAUGAACGCUCUGGUACUUACCUUUGGAAGCCCUUGAAGCUCCUGCAUCGGGCAUCUUUGCUUCUUGACAGUGUGCGGAGUUCUGCAGAGGCCAGGCUGGGUCAUGGGGAGCACUCUGGGAUGCCACCGCUCCAUCCCCAGGGACCCCUCCGACUUGUCCCACAGCCGCAAGUUCAGUGCGGCCUGCAACUUCAGCAACAUCCUGGUGAACCAGGAGCGGCUCAACAUCAACACGGCCACGGAGGAGGAGCUGAUGACCCUGCCUGGGGUGACCCGUGUGGUGGCUCGCAGCAUCGUGGAGUACCGCGAGUACAUUGGAGGCUUCAAGAAGGUGGAGGACCUGGCCUUGGUCAGUGGGGUGGGCGCCACCAAGCUGGAGCAGGUCAAGUUUGAGAUCUGUGUGAGCAGCAAGGGCAGCUCCGCGCAGCACUCGCCCAGUUCCCUGCGGCGAGACCUGCUGGUUGAGCAGCAGCCUCACCACCUGGCCACUACGGUGCCCCUCACCCCACGGGUCAACAUCAACACCGCCACCCCCGCUCAGCUCAUGAGUGUACGCGGCCUCACGGAGAAGAUGGCGCUGGGCAUUGUGGACUACCGCCGCGAUCACGGGCCCUUUCGCAGCGUGGAGGACCUGGUGAGGAUGGACGGUAUCAACGCAGCCUUCCUGGACAAGAUACGGCACCAGGUGUUUGCCGAGAGAUCCAGACCCCUGUCCACCCACACCAACGGGGGCCUGACCUUCAUGGCCAAGCCCCACCCCAGCCCCACCUCCCUGAGCCUGCAGAGCGAAGACCUGGACUUGCCGCCUGGGGGCCCCACGCAGAUUAUCUCCACGCGGCCGUCGGUGGAGGCUUUCGGAGGCACGAGGGAUGGGCGGCCUGUGCUGAGGCUGGCCACUUGGAACUUGCAGAGCUGCUCCGUGGAGAAGGCCAAUAACCCAGGGGUACGAGAGGUGGUGUGCAUGACACUCCUGGAAAACAGCAUCAAGCUUCUAGCCGUGCAAGAGCUGCUUGACAGAGAGGCCUUGGACAAGUUCUGUUCAGAGCUCAACCAGCCAGUCCUGCCCAACAUCCGCAAGUGGAAGGGGCCCCGGGGAUGCUGGAAGGCCGUUGUUGCUGAGAAGCCCUCUAGUCGGCUCCAGAAGGGCGUGGGCUACGCAGGCUUCCUGUGGGACUCUGCCAUCGGGAUGGAGCUGAAAGACACCCCCUUGCAGGACAGCACGCCGGGCAAUGGGCAUGGACAGUCCACGCAUCCCAGCCCUUACCUCGCCCACUUCAAGGUGGGAAGUAAUGACUUGACCCUUGUUAACCUCCACCUGGCAGCCCCGACCCUCCCGGGGGCAGAGAAUCCAAGCAAGAGUCCCAGGGAGGGCCUCCGCCUGGCCGGCUUGGCACAGACCCUGCAGGAGACCCUGAAAGGAGAAAAGGACGUCAUUAUGUUAGGAGAUUUUGGUCAGGGGCCAGAGAGCGGCGACUAUGAUAUCUUGAGGAAAGAGAAAUUCCACCACCUGGUCCCUGCACACACCUUCACCAACAUCAGUACCAAGAAUCCACAAGGCUCCAAGUCUCUGGACAACAUCUGGAUCAGUAAGAACUUAAAGAAGGUUUUCACAGGUCACUGGGCUGUAGUGAGAGAAGGCCUCACCAACCCCUGGAUUCCCGACCACUGGUCUUGGGGCGGCGUGGCUUCGGAACACUGCCCCGUGCUGGCUGAGUUUUACAUGGAGCGGGCCUGGAGCAAGAAGGAAGGGCCUCGGAACAGCAAUGGGGUCGCCUUGGAGCCCAGCGAAGCCCACAUCAAGCAUGAGCGGUGAUGAGACCCCAUGGAUGUCUCUGGCCCUGGGGCUCAGGAGUCAGCUUGUGGGCAAGGACUCAGCGGUGAGCCAGGCUGCCCUUCCGCCCUCCUGCAAAGAAGAGUGUCGGUUCCCAGGCCUGGCCUGCCCACCCACCCUCCUAAGGAGCAGGGGUGUGAGGACAGGGUGUGAGGGCUACUCCCUGUGCCCGAAGAUGAGCUCAGAGCCCCUCAUGGAGGAGGGAAGGGGCUUUUCUGUUGCAUGGAUGCGUUAGCCUCAGCAGUCACGCUGGCCUGCCUGUGGCCACCGGGUGGCAGCACUUCUCUCGCCCCUGGGAGACAGCGGUGUGGCGGCCAGAGGCUGAAGAGUGGAGCAGAGUGUGGGAUCUGGAGCCUGGGCCCGUCAGGACCACGCAGCUCUGACCCCAGCCUGUGACGUCCUUGGCGCCCCUUCCUUACAGCGUCAGAACUAUGCCUGGGCACUCUGCAGAUGUCCUCCACGGGGGUUUUCAGUGUUGCUUUGAAAAAGAAAUCCGAGAUCCAUCUGCCUGACUGUCCUGAGAACUGGUGCCCAGUCCCCCACAGGGGCUCACAGGCCCUCUCUGUACCUCCUGUGGAGGGCUUCUUGCAUGUGUGUGCCCCGCCCAGACCCCCCUCUGCUGUGAUCUUUCUAAGUGGUGAGCAGAGGCUCUGGGGCUGUGAGCUGUGAUCUCCGCCUGCCUGCCGAGAAGGCCGUGGGAAUGAGGCCGUUUCUUCCCCCAUCUCCACCCGGUGCUGCAUCAGAGUCAGAGCCCAGAAUGCCUGGGGGUGGCUCUGAGAAGUGUGCAUUGGCCGGGAUACCAGAGGACGCCAAGCCUGGGUCCCUCUCUGUGGCUAGGGGCCCAUGUCCCCUGCCAUUAACUAGGGCUGGGUUCCCAGGUACCUUAUCAUACUCUCCCUCCCCAUAGAGCAGCCCAUGAGACCAAGAUUUUGAUGCCCAUACCACAGCUGGAUACACUGAGGCUGAGCAAUCUUAACCUCAUGAAGGUCACACGCCAAUAAAGCAAACAGACUGGGAUCCACA